CUCAAGUGACCGGAUAGUUUAGCAAAGAAGCUCUACAAGCCUUAGCUUAAUCAGUCCACGAAAGCGUGCGUACGGUUGCACUCCACAUUCUCACAUGGCCGGGCAUUCCGACUUGGGUAGUCACCAGACAUGCCAGGUGAAGCUCAGCAUCCAUAACACAUUCUUGGAACUCAGAAGCUCCAGAGAAGAAGCGCUUGCCAUCGCAGCACGAGGUGUGCGCCGUACCACGUCGUGCCCAUCCAUCGGAUCGUACAUCGACGAUAUGAGCAGCGAGUCUGACUUGACAUGCCCGCGGCUCUCUGAGCUUGGGUCGUGGGGAGACGCAGGUGAUUCAGACUGUGAGGAGUUUUUCAGCAGUCGAUCUCCAGUGGAUCCCGACCAGCGUUCGGACACCAAGAAGAGCCAGUCCGAUAUCAUGUCCAGCAAAGUGGAAGAAAAGACGUGCGUUACAUCAAUAUCAAGUGGGCGGACGCCCUUGCGCUGCAAGGCCGCGUUGUUCGUCCCCGAUUCUUCAACGGUGUCGAGCGGGUGCACUUGGGCCCCGUAUUCCCUCGAGCAGAUUUCGCCCCCCGGUACUUCCACAGCUCCUAGCGGCCCACCUUCCUUUCCCUGUGACUACCAGAGAACCACAGUGAUGAUGCGCAACUUGCCUUGUCCGUUUCUACGCGUCGAUCUGAUCACCGAGAUGGACAAUCACGGGUUCGCAGAAUAUUACAGCCUAGUCUACAUGCCCUUGGAUUACACGACGGGGCUGAGCUUGGGCUACGCGUUUGUAAACUUCAUCAACACAGAGCAGGCACAGCGCUUCAUGAUUCGAUUCGAAGGCUUCCGCGACUGGCCAAAGCCGUCCUCAAAGGUCUGCUCCGUCACAUGGUCUCGGACGCAGGGCCUGAUCGCGAACAUCGAACGCUACAGGAACAAUCCGGUGAUGAGUGAGGAGAUCCCGGACGGGUUCAAGCCCGUGCUGUUCGACGGGAACAAGCGCAUCCCCUUCCCGGCGCCGACCAGACUGCUGCCCGCCGUCAGUCCCGUGGUGCCCGCCGCCCCCCCGGCGUAGCCCGCACCUUCGAACUCGAGGCGCAGCAACGACUCGGACAGAAAUUUUACGGUGGUGUUGCUUCGCCUGCCAUCGACGGAGGCAGGGCGGCGGGGCGGGUUGCGGGCUCGGAGCGCCCGGGGGCCCCCGGAGGCCCUGGAAAAGUCGAGGCGGGGGCUUCCCGUCGUAUUCUCGCCCCCUUGGGGGCCGCCGUUCCUGAGCCCCAGGGACGACACUCUCACAGAACGACCCGCGGGAUGAAAAGGCGGCGUCCAGGACGUGGACGAGAUCUUCAGGGACUUCGCAUUCGAAAGGCGAAGACGCCUGCUCACGGCACAGUCUGGCGACCCGGACAUACGGGUUGCCGUCUCUCCACGGAAUGCGGCGGCUUUGCACCGCAUCGCCGCAGGACGGCAUCGCUCCCAUCCGUCCCCCUCGAUCUCCCCUGACCACCCUGUCGGCACGCUGGCUGCGCCCCGAGCCCCUUUGGGAGGCUUCUGGUCGUCCUGCACGGCGGACCGGCGGACGCUGGCUGUUUCAAUGGGCCCCGCCCUCUCCUCCCCAUCCUCGGGCGCCAAGCGCGGCGUGGAGGGCCCGCCCGGCGAGGAGAGGGGGAGAGGGCCGGCCGGUGUUGUGCCAUCUUCGGCGCUCCAUUCGCCCAGGGCUCCAGUCGACUACCGAUCCAGGUCGGGUCCGAGCCAAGCCAUGCAGGCGCGCGCCUCCAGGUGCGGCAUCGGACCGCAGCAUCCUGUUGUGACCAUCCUCGGGGGAGAAAGGUUUGCAUGAUGUUCGGAGCCUCACGCAGAUUUCUUGGGUGGUCGGCGCUCGGCCCCCCCGGACGGCGCCGCCGCGCGGACCUCUGCAGGGUUACGCUUAGCUUCCGUUAGCCCGCGGCCGUCGCACCGUCGUGUGGGCACGCUUGCCGACGAGUCAUCUGGGCUCCAGGCGCCGCCUCUCGCGUACCUGCGUGUUCUUCUUCUGCCUCGGGGGCGGACCAGAACCCCCAAGAGUGACACGUCGAUCAGUGGAUUGUCCGUCUUCGGCCCUCGAGGGGGCGCCGUGGCCGCUACUUUUCCAGGCUUGCGCCCGCCACGUGUGGGCCUCAGGUCGUUUUCACUAAACCACGUUUUACUAAAGGGGGGUCUGUCCAUCCCCGACUGCAGCCGGCUCCGCACAGAUCAGCCUUCGCCUCGAUCUGCUGCUGCGCGUCGCGGGGCAGGCCUCGCGCCCUCCACGAGGAGCGGUCGCCGACGUGCCGCAGAGCGGCCCCAGCGUACACGUGCACCCGCAGUGGGCGCCAGCCGAAACUCGGGUGCUGCCAGACUUCUUCUCCUCCUCCUCCUCCUCCUCCUCCUCCUCCUCCUCCUCCUCCUCCUCCUCCUC